AUGACCGAGCAGUCGCCAAAUUCGGUUCCCCGACGCCAUCGUCGUGGGCUCACUCGCAGUGCUGCUGCUUGUCAACGGUGCAGGCGACGAAAGCAAAAGUGCGACGGAAGAACUCCAACAUGUGGUGCCUGCGCAGCUGUUGGAGCCCACUGUGUGUUGUCUGACCGGUUGAUGAUUCAGCCGAUGAAUUCAAAUUGCGACUGUGAUCUGCUUCGAGGACAGCUGGAGACGGCUGGGCAUCGAUAUAAUGCCCUUCUCGAAGAGUAUGAACGGUUAAAAGUAGAGCGACUUGAAGUCUUUCAGGCUAGCGGUAUUGAGCCUGGUUUACAAGGAUCAACACCUGCACCACUACCAGAUCCUGUUGCAGAUAAUCCGCAGCAGGACAAAAUUCCGGUGACCUCUUCUCACCAAGAGGAUGUGCAAAUCAAUCCAGAUAUUCGCUAUUGUGGCCGUAUUCUUCGACCAACCUUCUCUCAUAGGCCGAAUGCCAAAGAUAUCAACGGGAGUACUUUGAGCAGUGCGUGGGAACUAUGGGGAGAUGACCCGGUGCAUCUGGACGAGUCUUCUCAGACGACUGCGAUCACGACAGAAUUCGACUGUGAUGCCUAUGGCAGCUUGGUCAAUAUAUUCUUUGAUCGCCGCUGGCCUUAUCUGCCGGUGCUGCACAAACCCAGCUUCGUUAAUGAGCAUUUGACGCCAUUUCUCGUCGACUCGAAUGCAAGUUCGACAUCCAGCUUUCUGGUUAACAUCGUGUGUGCCAUUGCAGCAACUGAAAAGUCGUGGAUCCAGCAAGGCAAUGGUAGUAUUCAUCGACAAUUCUUCAACGAAGCAAAAAAAGUCUUGCAUGUCAUCAUGGGCAUUGCCGAUUUUGAAUGCGUGCAAUGCCUGCUCCUACUCUGCAUGUACGGCCACAAUGAGCCCCAAUCAGUCAAUAUGUGGUAUACAACCGGCCUGGCUCUGCAUUUAGCCAUUGGCAUCGACCUUCACCGCAAGGAGAGUCUGUCUGGCCAAAAUCUACUUGUUACUGAAAUGUCCAAACGAAUAUUUUGGAGCGCCUAUGUGAUGAACUGCAGCAUGGCCAUCAACAUGGGUCGACCAUUAGGGAUUCAGGAAUCUGAUAUCACAAUGCCGUUGCCAUUGCAGUUGACAGACGAUGAACUGAGCUAUUCAGCUGAAUUCCCUGAUCUCUCUCGGACAACAAUCCCUCAAGUCACCGAUACAUCAACCUUUAUCCAUAUCAUUAAGCUGCGAAAAAUAAACGCAGGAGUAUACAGAUCCUUCCAUUCGAUCGGGUGCACCUUGUCUGAGCCCACAGAGCUGGAUAUCAUACGAAACUGUUAUUAUUCUGAGCUCAACCAGUGGCUGAUCACAGCUCCACGAUACAUCAAUACUCUGUCUACCUUUCAAUCCAUGGAGUGGUUUCAAAUUGCCUUUCAUCAUGCUGUCCUAUCUCUCUAUCGACCAUCUCGUGCUGCUCCAAUGCCCUCAUCUGAUGAUCUUCGAGUCUGCACGGAAUCUGCCAUUGGUUUGAUCAGUUCGUACAGUGGUCUCUACGCGAGAAAUCGAAUUAAAUAUACAUUUGUGGCUAUUCACUCUCUCUUUAUGGCUGCAGUCUCUAUGCUGUAUGCAUUGCGAGCAUCGCCACCACUACGGCAGGAAUUGACCAGACCGGUGGUGCAAACCAAUAUCUUCACAUUCCUCACUCUGUUCCGCGGGAUUUCCAACGGUCGCGCGGUCGGUGAAAAGUGCUCUAAUAUUGUCGAACGACUGGGUAACUCCAUCCUGACUCUUUUCGACGACGUAGAGGCACCAGGAGAUGAAGUCGAUACCGAGUUCCAGUCCUGGUUUGGUCUACAAACACAUACAUUUGCCACGCCGGCAAGAAAUGAGGUGCUUGGAGAAGAUGCCCAGGGGAUAUCGCCACAUUUCCCUGAUAUACGAGUCGACUUGCCUUGGGCUGAUCUAUUCGUGGAAGGAUUCGAUAUGGGGUCUACAGAUGUGUGGAGCUUUCUAUCGUGA